AUGAUACGCCAGAACACAGUUCUGAUCCAGGAGAAUUUCGUGUUGACAUGCUCGAACGCCUUGACGUCGAUGUUGUCCAGAUCUUCUGGCGAAAACGGCCGCUCGUUGAUAAUUUCGAGAAUCGACGAUUGCAACGCGUGCACGUCUGGCAUUGGCGGUCUGGAGAAGUCUGUGUUGGACAUUCUUGUUGUGUCUUCAAGCGGUGCGGUGGGAGGAGCCUCUGAUGCGGUGGCAACAGGGUUCUCGGUGUUCGAAGAGUACUGUCCGGACCUCACCAGUUGGAGGCAAGCCAGCAACGUCGCGAUCGCCCUGUCCGUGGUUGCCGUGGCGACGCCGACUGCGAUCUCUCAUGUAAUAGUCUCUUUUGCACAUCGGACAGCAUCCUCUUCUGUUGACAAGCCAGGGAUCGAUGCAAUCGGCGUGGAACACAUGGCCACAGAUCAGACCACGCACCUCGUCGUCGUCCAGCAGGUUAUCAAGACAGAUCGCACACACUCCGGAGGUGAAGUGGAGAUGGUCCUGAUCCACGGAGGAUGCGGUAGCGGGGGCCGUUUCGGUGAGCUCGAUCUGCUCGAACUUGCCCUGGUCGGCCAGAUCAGUUUCCUGCGGCAGUUCGUGGACGCUGCUGAUACUGUUUUCGUCGCGGUGUGCGGGCGAAGGGGUGGACUGCUGCUGUUGCCUGGUGGUGUCCUCUUCGUAGACCAGGACGCCCUCGUUUCUGUUGAUAACGUCUUCCUGGCCGCCGUUGAGCCACUUGGCGUACGUCUUGAUGGGGAACAGGUCGUCGACCUCCUCCUGAGUCAGCUUUCUUUUUCGGGAGUACCUAUCAGAAGGGUGAUAACGGGAAGCGUUUGGGGGUCUGUUGUUUGCGAAGUUGAAGGCCAUGUCGUGUUCGAAGUACGGCUGGAGUCCGUUCAUGGACGCGCGCCCGGUGGGCCCCAUGUAGAACGGGUUGCGGGCAAACUGCGGAGCGGGACUGUAAAGACCGUAUCUGGAACGGACAAGGUAUCUGAAGGUGAAGAAGAUGAAGAGUACAGCAAUGAUCACCCCGACACAGAGGGCGAUGAAGAACAACACGGUGGACGGCUUGCUGCCUAUGAAGUUUCCAGCCACGUUGGCCUGCGUGGCCGUGGCAGAGGGAGCAGCCGAAGAUGA